AUGGCGAAAUGGCACCGGCUGCGUCUGCCAGAGGACACUCCGGCGCUUCUCGUUCAAUACUCAAGCACACAUCAGGGCUACGAACUCUACAUGACGGAUUUCAUCUCCGUCUGGUCGGAACGGCUGUCGCGCAAGGACAUCCUCCAAAGAGCCGAGCAAGAUGCGACGACGAUCGAUCCCAGCGAGGAUACAGAGCAGUUUUCUGUGCUGCUCGGCAAGAUCGGGGAAGCCCUCCGUGGUACCGGGGGCACCACCACCCUCAGCAGGGGGCCCGGGGACACGCUCGAGCUCAUCACGAUAACGGAGCUGCCUGCUCCGCUAAAGCCGUUAAAAUGGUCUUUUUAUGUGUCGAGAGAUCAUCCCAAGGCCUCAACGCAGCACUUGCUGCUCCCUCUGCUGAAAGACGAGGCAGAUUGGGAGUCACGCCAGCGGUCUCUCCUCGACCAGCUUAAACAGAAGGAUUGGGUGCUCGGCAAGCUAUUUGACAAGAUCGAAAGCCUCGGCGUCGACCUUGGGACUGUGUUUCCCAGUGCAGCUGGUCUGCACACAGCUCUGAAGGGCGACGCACGGUCUGCGACGGCCAAGGCCAUCAAGGGCGUUGCCCCGUUUGACGAGCAAGCAUGGUUGGCCGAGAGCCACGGCACUGGGCUAGCUGCCAAUUUUGUGCAAGAAAUUAGUACAUCUGAGAAAGCUGGCAUUCUCGACAAGCUCAAGCUGCCUCAGGAUAAAUGGUGGGAGAAACUUCCGCCACGCCCCAGGACUUCAGAUUCAGCAGGUCCUACAGAAAUGGAAAUAGAUCAUGACAAGCAAUCGAAGCUUCAAUUUGCCGAGUCUGAAGAUGUCGAGACCGACGCUGGAAGUGAAGACGACGAAUUCCAGAUUCAGCGACAAGAAACACCCCCUCAAUUGAGGAGUCAAGAAAAUAAGCCGAAAAUCAAAAAGGCGGUACAAUCUCCACGCGCGUCCACCGCAGAGGCAGACGAAGCUACAGCUACAGAAUCAGAGCCAGAAGCUGAACCGACCACACGACGCAGACGUACCUCCAUAAUAUCUCCACCGAAGCCAGAAGCAACUCCGACCCAACCUCGAGAAACGCAGAAAAGGCCUCGGGGUGGCUUGGGUGUUAUAGGGGGCAAGAAGAAGAAAGAAGCACCAGCACCAGCACCAGCAGAGCCCAAGCCCGCUGAAACUGAGGCUCGGGACGCGACACCUCCAUCCACCCACACAAAACCCGCAAAACAACCCAGGAAACUGGGUAUGAUCGGCGGCAAAGCCAAAGUCCAUGCCCCCAGCAAGACGGAAUCGACACCGGAACAUGGUGCUGUUCCAUCUCCGCCUAAGAAAGCAGCAAAGCAGGAGAGCCCGAGUCCACAAAAAGCGGCACUGCCCAAACACAAAGAAGAACCUCCAUCUAGUCCUCCACCACAUUCAGCACCGCCAGCUCCUGAACCUGAGACAGAAGAAGAGAAAGCCAAUCGCAAGCGGGAGGAGCUAAAACGACAGCUACAGGCAAAGAGUCAAGCCCCUGCAAAGAAGAAGCGGAGAUUCUAA